AUGAACAAACCUGGCAGCGAUUCCUCAGCUCCUAAGCCAAAAACGCCAUAUCAGAAAGAAGUUUUGCUCCGGAGGCACAUCAAACAGCGUCGAAAUAUGAAGGUUUUUCACUUUGAAACGACGAAAAUUAGAUGAAAUCUUCUAAUCCGUGAUUUCUUUUUAUAGACUCGCGAUCGAAUUGGCGACAUCGAAGAUCAAGUUUCGGACGUCGACAAAUCGUUCAGCGACGCUUCUGAAGAGCCACAAGAAAAAGUAGGUUUUUAAAAAAAUAAGUUUAUAUAUUUUUUUAAUGAAAUUCUGCACAACGUUUUUUUCACUACAAUUUAAUGUGACGGAAAAAAACUUCAUUAAAAAAAAGUCGUCAGAUAAUUAAUUUUUUUCAAAAAAAAAAACAGCUGGCUAAACGAUCUGGUGAGCAGUGACGACGCAAAAUCCACAGAAUCACCGUAAGAAAAUAACGAGAAUUCUCUUUGAAAAAAGAAUGAUUUCCAGAAACACGGCUGUAUGCAACUCUCAAAGCCAGUUGUCGCAAGAGCAGAUUAUGGUUGGUUUCGUUUUUUUGUUCUAAACGAAUUUUCCUAUUUGAGAAAAUUCUCAUCAUUGCAGUCAUCUCGACAAUAAUCUACAUCGUUUUAAAAUCUUUUUUUGGUGAAUAA